UUUCCACUUUCGGUUUCACACAUGGCUAUCAAAUGAGUAGGUUCAGUCAAAUUCCGGGAGUCAGAUUCGAGGAUAGUGAGAAUCAUUCACUAAAGUGACAUAUAAAUUGUUCAAUUGUUGUAAAUUUGCAAGUGUAGGAUUCAUCACUUUUCAGUUUGAUACAAAUGCAGCUAUGCAAAAGGAUAAAUUAUUGAAAUUGAAAUUUUUGAAGCCAGCCUGGCUUCAGUCAAUAAACAUAUCUGUAAACUGUACAUCAGUUCUCUAACGUGAUAUUGUUUGUUCUUCACACGCCCUGCUUGUCUGAACCAGAGAAGACAAGUAACCCAAAAAGUCCAAGUGCAUGUAUCAUAAUUGUAAGGUGUGCCAGUCUCGUCACUUCGUUGCUCUUCCGCACAUCAGGAGUCUGGAAGUCGUACAUGUACAUACAGCAAAUAUUAACCUUGCUUAUGAGCAGUUAAAAAGGCAAUUGAGUUAACUGUUUGACAUUACCCUUUACCUACAAAUACACAAUGAGACAACUGUACUCAAGGCUCUGUACAUUCUGUACAAAGGUGCACAAGACAAAAUCGGCACUAAGUGACUGUAAUGCAACACAUGUACCGAGACGAAUGCAGCAUGUCAUGUCUAAUUCACCACAUGAACUGACGAAGCAACGCAGAUCGUCGCUAAUUUUAUCUCAAAAUCGUUUGAAAUCAAACUUGGUUUCAAAUAAGCAGGAUGAAGUACGGAAAAAUUCUGUAAACAUCCAAAUGCUUUCUCAAAGUUUAUAUGAACAAGUAUUCAAAACAAAACCAGAUUCGGAACAUAAUGUGAUUUCUGCUGAUGACAUCAUUUCUCAUUUGAGUAAAUUUGAAUUGUGGGGCAAGGAAACAACAAUCAAUGAUGAUGUUGACGUCAAACUACCUCGGCUUCAAGGGAAAGAUAUAUCAGAACAUUUUUACAAGAUUGGUUUUGAGCAGACUGAAGAAUUCAUGUCAAGAGCAGGAGAUUUUAUUGCCCAGGCUAUUCCAGAGAAACCACAGAAGUGGAACUUCAAGCCAGGCUGGACAAGAUACAACAAAGAUGGUAGUAUGAGUCUAGUACCUCAUCCAGAUGAAGAGAUUAUGGUGUUUGAUGUAGAGGUUCUUGUCCCUGAGGGUAACUUUCCAACUAUGGCCACAGCUUUAACUCCAAACCAUUGGUAUUCAUGGUGUAGUGAAAGACUAGUUUCCGAGAGGUAUAGAUGGGUUAAAGAUACCAGUCUCUCUGACCUGAUUCCAUUAGAAACAGCAAACAACCAGACUGUGCCACCUAGUGGUGAAUGGAAGAGCCGCCUUGUGAUUGGUCAUAAUGUUGGCUAUGAUAGGUCGUUUGUUAAGGAGCAGUACUUCAUCAAGGGUCCUAAGACAAGAUUUCUGGACACAAUGUCUCUGCAUAUAGCUGUGUCUGGCUUCACCAGUUUACAGCGCAUACUCAAGGCAGGGAUUGCUAAGGAGAGUCAACGUAAAGAAGUGAAGGCAGCUGAGCUAAGGAAUAAAAGCAUAAAGGAUGCUCAAUGGCUUUUAGAAGGUUCAAUGAACAACCUGAGUGAUGUAUAUGCCUUACACUGUAAAGAAGGAGCCCUUGACAAAGAAACACGCAACAUAUUUGUCACAGGCAACAUGAAAGAUAUCAGAGACAACUUUCAGAUGCUUAUGAACUAUUGUGCCUCAGAUACCCAUGCUACGUAUAAGGUGUUCAAGGGAUUAUGGCCAGAUUUCAGAGAGAGGUUUCCCCACCCAGUCACCCUGGCAGGUAUGCUAGAGAUGGGAUCAGCGUACCUCCCCCUGAACUACAGCUGGCAGAAAUACACCACAGAGAGUGAGGCCACCUAUGUUGACCUACAGAGACAGCUUAGACUGAUGCUUAUGAAGAUUGCUGAUGAUGCGUGUCUAAUGAUAGAAGAUGAACAGUACAAAGAAGAUGUCUGGAUGUGGGAUGCUGAUUGGUCUGUAAAGCGUGCCAAGAUGAAGAUUAAACCCAAACUGAGUGCAAAACGUCAACGAGAGGAGCUUAAGAAGUUAGAAGAAGCUGGAGACAGCGAAGAAGAAAGGGUAAAAAGGGUACUUGAGACAGCAAGUAGACUUCCAAAGAAUAUUUCCCACAAGCCAAACUUCCCAAUUUGGUAUGCAGAUCUGUGCCCGCGCCUAAAGGAUGAUGAUUGGUCCCCAGGCCCCACCAAGAUCAGUACCCAGACACGGAUCACUCCUAAACUCCUGCAGCUCACGUGGGAGGGAUUCCCUUUGCACUAUGAUGACGAUCUAGGCUGGGGGUACUUGGUUCCCGCACCACCCCUAGGAGAGUAUGGAACUCCUGAGGACCACCAGGAACAAGAAUUCAAUGUACUGAUUGACGAGUCUGACGCUGGCCCAAAAUUUCCAAUUGAGGCACUGAAGGCAAUGUGUGACAGCCUAAUGCCAGAGAAAGAGUCCUUUCCUCCCGCAGGCCCAGACCCUAGGCUCUUGUUAAAUGAAGACAUUCACAUGGAUGAUGUAAAUAAAUGUAUGAGGAUUUACUGGCAAAACAAGAAAAAACCAAAGAAAGAUAAGAUAAAGAAGACAGAUGCCAACCUUAGUGUACCCACAUACCAUAAGGGAAUAGGACCAUACACACAAGUUAUCCCUGGGGUUCACUUCUUCAAACUGCCACAUAAGGAUGGAGACAAUAACAAUGUUGGCAAUCCCCUAGCAAAAGACUUUUUAGCAAAGCUGGAAGAUGGUACACUGUCAACCGUGGCAGGAGGAGAGGCAUUCAGGGCUCUGGAGCUUAGCAAGAUGUGUUCAUACUGGAGAAACAGCCGCAAACGUAUUCUAUCACAGAUGACAAUUUGGAUGAAAGAAUCAGAAUUAUCCUCAAACAUUGUCAAGAGUCGUGACUAUGAUGUUAAUGGGAUGUAUGGAGCCAUUGUGCCACGUAUUGUGACAGCUGGAACUGUGACACGACGUGCUGUAGAACCUACAUGGCUGACUGCUAGUAAUGCUUAUACUGACCGAGUUGGCAGUGAGCUGAAGGCCGCAGUACAGGCACCCCCAGGGUACCACUUUGUUGGGGCAGAUGUAGACUCGCAGGAACUCUGGAUAGCAGCAAUAAUGGGGGAUUCCUACUUUGCACGUCAACAUGGUUCCACAGCGUUUGGUUGGAUGACCCUACAAGGCAACAAGACAGAGGGCACUGACCUCCACAGUAAGACAGCAGCUAUGAUGGGAAUCUCAAGAGACCAGGCUAAGGUUGUUAACUAUGCUAGGAUCUAUGGCGCUGGGAGGCUGUUUGCUCAGAGACUACUUAGGCGACUUAACCAUCAAUUGACUGAAGAUGAGGUUAGAGGAAAGGUGAACUUCAUGUUCAAUUCAACAAAAGGUAGAAUAAAAUUCAAGUAUGAUGACAAAGAAAAGGAAUUCUACAAAAGAGAGAAGAGUUGGGAAGGAGGAAGUGAGUCGCAUAUGUUCAACAAGCUUGAAAUGAUAGCUGAGAGUGACCAGCCAGCCACCCCUGUACUAGGAUGUAGGAUCAGUAGAACUUUGGAACCUUCAGCAGUUGACACUGAUUUUAUGACUAGUAGGGUGAACUGGGUUGUCCAGAGCUCUGCAGUAGACUACCUUCACCUGAUGCUUGUUUCAAUGCGCUGGUUGUUCCAGCAAUUUAAUAUAGAUGGCAGGUUUUGUAUCAGCAUACAUGACGAAGUCCGUUAUUUGGUGAAGAGUGAGGACCGGUAUCGAGCUGCAUUGGCAUUACAAAUUACCAACCUGUGGACAAGAUCAAUGUUUGCACACAGCUUAGGCAUGUCAGACCUUCCUCAGUCAGUUGCGUUCUUCAGUGCUGUUGACAUAGAUAAGUGCCUUAGGAAAGAGGUGCAUCAAGACUGUAAAACUCCAUCCAACCCACAUGGCUUGGAACAGGGCUAUGGGUUGCCUAGUGGAGAAGCCCUAGAUAUAUACAAAAUCCUCAAACUUACAAACUCAAGUCUGACUAAAUCUAGACAACCAAACAAAAGUGACUUAAAAGCUAAAUGUGCAGGCCUGAAAACUCAAGAUAGGGUCUUGGAGGCUAAAGACCAUGACUUGGAAAUUAAUGAUGAUGAAUUUGAUACUAAGAGUGGUGACUUUGAAACUAAGGAUGGAGGCACAGAACCAAAUAAAGGUGAUGAAGAGACCCGUAAUGACAAUAUAGUUGAUUUGAAUCAGGACAUUUCAGAGAUAUUUGAAGAGCUUGAAUCUCAAGUUCGGUAAAAUUUGUUACAUUUUUUCAACCAAUUAUGAAUUCAGGACUGUACCUCCGGCUCGUAUGUGACAAUUGGUAUAUAGGUGAUCUCUAUUUUUGUCUAAAGAACUAAAGAUCUGACUCAUUUGCCAUGAUGUUUUUGAAAUAAAUACUUGUAUCAGAAAAAA